AAGAAGCGAAAUUCCGGCGACGAGAACGAGGGUUUCGAUGAACGACGAUGAAGACGACGUUUUCGAGGACAGUAGCGUGGGGCUGACGCCUCUGUCGGCUGUGGCGGAUGCGUUUGAGGAGCUUUCUGCGUUGUUGAAGGAUAAGGGAUUCGAUUACGAUCUGGAUUUGAAAACGUUCUGUGAUGCGUGCUCGCUCGUCUCAAUCCUCUUUGGUUGUUUGGGGAUUGCUUUCAAAUUCGCAGAAUUGGAGUAUGUUUCUAAGGUGAAUGAUCUAGCGGAGGCAUCGGAUAGCUAUGGGACGUUGAAUAACAUACUUGAUUUGGAUAAGCAUAAUGACACAGUAAAGACACAAGGAAGCCUCUCACGGAAUUUGCGAAGAGUCAGGCAGGGCCUCGAUCUCAUCAGGGCAAUAUUCCAAAACUUUUUGUCUACAGAUGACUAUUACCUUAAAGAAGCUGCUUCAACUGCCUACACAAAAACUUGCGCACCGUACCACACGUGGGCAGUGAGGACAGCAGUUUAUGCUGGCAUGUAUGCUCUGCCAACGAGGGAUCAACUACUCGUCAAGCUAAAUGAAACUG